ACCGACAUCGACAACGACCUGGUGGGAGACGUGUGUGACACCAACCAGGACAUGGACGGGGACGGGCUGCAGGACACCAGGGACAACUGUCCCGACCUGCCCAACAGCUCUCAGCUGGACUCGGAUAACGACGGCCUCGGAGACGCCUGCGACCACGACGACGACAACGACGGCGUCCUGGACGACUACGACAACUGCCGACUCAUCGUCAACCCCAACCAGAAGGACUCCGACAUGAACGGGGUGGGGGAUGUGUGUGAGGACGACUUCGAUAACGACUCGGUGCUGGACCUGGUGGACGCUUGUCCUGAGAGCGCUGAGGUCACGCUGACCGACUUCAGAGCCUAUCAGACGGUGAUCCUGGACCCCGAGGGCGACGCCCAGAUCGACCCCACCUGGGUGGUGCUCAACCAGGGGAUGGAGAUCGUCCAGACGAUGAACAGUGACCCGGGCCUCGCUGUGGGCUACACUGCCUUUAACGGCGUGGACUUCGAGGGAACGUUCCACGUGAACACGGUGACGGACGACGACUACGCCGGCUUCGUCUUCGGGUACCAGGACUCGUCCAGCUUCUACGUGGUGAUGUGGAAGCAGACGGAGCAGACGUACUGGCAGUCGCUGCCCUUCAGAGCGGCUGCGCAGCCCGCCCUGCAGCUCAAGGCGGUGAAGUCGCGCACAGGGCCCGGAGAGUUCCUGAGGAACGCCCUGUGGCACACCGGAGACACAGCGGGGGAGGUGACGCUGCUCUGGAAGGAUCCCAGGAACCAGGGCUGGAGGGACAAGACCUCGUACCGCUGGAGCAUCUCACACCGGCCCCAGGUGGGGUACAUCAGGUUGAGGCUGUUCGAGGGCACGCAGAUGGUGGCGGACUCGGGCGUUGUGAUCGACACGACGAUGCGAGGAGGUCGGCUGGGAGUCUUCUGUUUCUCUCAGGAAAACAUCAUCUGGUCCAACCUGCACUACAGGUGCAACGACACGGUGCCUGAAGACUUCCAGAUCCACCGGAAACAGUUCAUGAUGCACAUUAAGGUGUGAGUGUACCUGGGGGAGGGGGGGGG